CCGAGCAGCGGGGCGAGCUGGGGCAAUGUCGGCGAGAGCGCUGCCGCUGUUGUUCCUCAACCUGGGUGGGGAGAUGCUCUACAUCCUGGACCAGCGGCUCCGAGCGCAGAGCAUCCCCGGCGAGAAGGCACGCAAAGAUGAAUGGACAGAUGUGGACAGGAAACGAGUUAUGAAUGACAUCAUCACAACCAUGUUCAAUAAAAAGUUUAUGGAGGAGCUGUUUAAACCCCAGGAACUCUAUUCCAAGAAAGCCCUGCGGACGGUGUACGACCGGCUGGCGCACGCUUCCAUCAUGAGGCUGAACCAAGCGAGCAUGGACAAGCUCUAUGACCUGAUGACGAUGGCUUUCAAAUACCAAGUGCUUCUCUGCCCGCGGCCCAAAGACAUCCUGCUGAUCACGUUCAAUCACCUGGAUGCCAUCAAAGAUUUUGUAUACGAUGCUCCUGGCAUUCUGAACCAGGUGGACGAAACGUUCCGACAGCUGAUUGAAGUCUACGGUUGUCUCUCUGCUGGAGAAUUUCAGCUCAUCAGGCAAACACUGCUCACCUUUUUUCAGGACAUGCACAUAAGGGUCUCUAUCUUUCUGAAGGAUAAAGUGCAAAACUCUAAUGGUCGCUUUGUGCUGCCGAUAUCAGGCCCUGUUCCUUGGGGUACAGAAGUUCCAGGACUCAUCAGGAUAUUUAACCACAAUGGAGAUGAAAUUAAAAGAACAGAGUUCACCACUGGUGGAAAUUAUGUUACCCCACAAAGGGAAGGAUCUUUUGAGCUUUAUGGAGACAGAGUCCUCAAACUUGGAACAAAUAUGUACAGCGUUAGUCGGCCGGUAGAGACCCACAUGUCAGGAGCAUCCAAAAACUUGGCGUCCCACGCAAAGGAGAAUAUGGUCCCAAAUCCUCUCGCUGAAGAAGAACUCAACUUUCUGGCCAGGCUGCUGGGAGGUUUGGAGGUCAACGAACCUGGGGGCAGCGAGACGGGAUUCCGACUGAAUUUGUUCACAACUGACGAGGAGGAAGAACACGCUGCGCUGACCAGACCGGAGGAGUUAUCUUACAAGGUUAUCAACAUCGAAGCCACACAGGAGCAGGCGCAUCUCUCGCACAUCCUGGGCGAGCUGGAGGUGGCGGAGCCGCGCGGGGGCAGCGCGGCCAAGGGCGAGGAUCUGCUGGAGCUGAUGGACGCGCUCGGAGCCCCAAUAAACCCCUGAACCCCGAGAGA